UUAUUUCCAUAAAAAAUAUAAUUAUAUUUAUCGUUUAUACUUCAUAUACAACAUACUUAAUAUGGGUUUCUUCUAUUAAUCUUUUCAUAGGUAGUGUACAUAAAGACUCAUUAUGUCAGAUAGGUUUAAAUAUUUUAUGUUGUGAUGCAGAAUUCACGCCAUUAAGUGGUGACUAUAAAACAUUUUAAAGCAUGGGAUGGUGUUAUAUAUUGCCUUGGCAAGUUGACAGAAUUGAUGUUACUUACUGGAGGAAUUUCACAGUCAACAUAAUACUGCACUGGGGACUGAGGCAGAUGUGUUGUCAAUGACCCAGAAUAAUCUAGCAUUGUUCUCUCAGAUAGAAAUACACUGAUGCAAAGCCAAUGGAAAAUAGAGGAAGGUGUGGUUCCACUUGCCUUAAUUUUUCUGUUAAGAUCACAUUGGAAGCUAAUAACUCUGUAUGGAUCUAAAUUAAGCAAACAUUUAAUUGCCUCUGUUUUAUAAAAUGUGAUAUUUACACUGAAAAUGACAGAAGAGUAAAUACUAAAAAACUGUUAUAUAAAAGGGUUCUUCAUUUGUCCAGCCAUCCGUCUUUCAACUGCUUCUUCUGGUCGGAGUAAAAAGCAGCACAGGGCGCUAGGCUGGGGUACAUGCUGCACAGGAUACCACUCCAUCACAGGGAACAAGGCUGGGGUACACGCUGGAGAGAACACUGCUCCAUCACAGGGCACAAGGCUGGGGUACAGGCUGGACAGGAUGCCGCUCCAUCACAAGGAACAAGGCUGGGGUACAGGCUGGACAGGAUGCCGCUCCAUCACAGGGCACAAGGCUGGGGUACAGGCUGGACAGGAUGCCGCUCCAUCACAGGGCACAAGGCUGGGGUACAGGCUGGACAGGAUGCCGCUCCAUCACAGGGCACAAGGCUGGGGUACAGGCUGGACAGGACGCCGCUCCAUCACAAGGAACAAGGCUGGGGUACAGGCUGGACAGGAUGCUGCUCCAUCACAGGGCACAAGGCUGGGGUACAGGCUGGACAGGAUGCCGCUCCAUCACAAGGAACAAGGCUGGGGUACAGGCUGGACAGGAUACCGCUCCAUCACAAGGAACAAGGCUGGGGUACAGGCUGGACAGGAUGCCGCUCCAUCACAGGGCACAAGGCUGGGGUACAGGCUGGACAGGAUGCCGUUCCAUCACAAGGAACAAGGCUGGGGUACAGGCUGGACAGGAUGCCGCUCCAUCACAGGGCACAAGGCUGGGGUACAGGUUGGACAGGACGCCGCUCCAUCACAAGGAACAAGGCUGGGGUACAGGCUGGACAGGACGCCGCUCCAUCACAAGGAACAAGGCUGGGGAGAAAAGCCACGCAGCACACAGAGAAGAGGAAAGCCGCACACACAUAAAGCAGAGGGGGGUCUGAUUCCAAAGGUGCCACCCACUGUGCCACCACGACUCCCUUGGCACCGGCUCAACAGCUGCCGCCAUGACUAA